AUGGAUAGGGCUGAACCCUCUUCUGUAAAAAAGAUUCUGUUCAACGGUGAAAUAUGUGCAAUAAAGGUCUUAAAGAAGGACAUCAACAAUAGCAAAGAAGCAAAUAGCAUCGACAAUCCACAUACCAACAGUAAUCACACUGCUCUUAAAGAAAUAUCUAUACAUAAAGCAUUAAAACACAAAUUCAUUGUGAAGUACAUCACUCACUUUGACAAUGCUACUUCUUUCAACAUAAUAAUGGAGUAUGUAGAAUAUAAUUUAAGAAAUCUUAUCAUUCCAGAAAUAGGUCUUGAUCCAAUAAUAGGGCACAUGAUCUUUGUUCAACUAUUGGAGGGAGUAAAAUAUCUCCAUUCAAAUGGAAUAUGCCACAGAGACAUAAAGCCAGACAAUAUUCUCAUGGAUAGAAAGGGGAAUAUAAGAUUAUGUGAUUUUGGUCAUAGUACAAUGUUUAAACUCAAAGAAUAUCGAAGAUUAAAGACAAUAGCUGGAACACCUGAGUUUAUGGCCCCUGAAAUUUUGAAAAGGGAUUAUGAUGGGCAAAUGGCUGACAUAUUUUCAAUGGGCAUUACCCUGGUAAAUAUUCUUACUGGAAAAUUGCCUUGGACAAUAGCAUCACCAACGGAUAAACGAUAUGUUGCAUAUACGCAGAUGAAAUAUCAUUGCUAUGAUCCAUUUAACAGAAUUAGGGAACCUACUCUCAGAUUGAUUGAGGGUAUGUUAAAGAGUGAAUCUAAAAGGAUUGCAAUAAAAACAAUUGAACAGGACCAGUGGGUAAGACAUUCAACCAGUCUCAUCGACUCUUUUACUGAGAUGAAGUGUAAAGAUCCUAGUUUUUUGAACGAUGUUGAGAGUGCAGUCAUAGAUUUACAUUACACUCAACCAGAUAUUUUGAAUAGCCGAGGAUGUAGUAUUUUAAAUAAGAAAUCCCACAUUAACAUUUCUCAACCUGUCAAAUCUAUUAAUCAACCCACACUUUAUCGAUUUUAUGUGGAUGGAAACUGUAAGACAUCAAUCAAUUCUAUUUUAAGUCUUUUAGAAAAUAUGGCUGUUAUAUGCCAAAGGAAUUCAAACGGAAUACUUUUUUCAACAACGGAUACAAAAAGAAAUAAAUUGAUGGGGGAAAUAAUAAUACAGGAAAUUAAUGGAAGUAGUGUCAUUACAGUAAGAAGAACGAAGGGGGAUUUGGUUGAAUUUAAGAAGUUUUUUUUAUACCUGAACAGCCACAUAGCUUAA